AUGCGUUCUGACUCUGAAGUGAUGGAGGAAAGCACUGAUAUGGAGAUUAUUCACAAGACAGCAAGAGCUCAGAACAAUGUGGAGGAAGCGCAUGAGGAGCAGGGAGAGGAUUCUGUCCUGCUCUGGGUACCCAGUGCGCGGAGAUUAGUCUCUGGACUGGUGGGACUGAACGUGAUGCUUUUUGGAGCUGCACUGGUGGCUGGAGAAGCGUUUAACCCCUGGGGGUUUCGACACCAAGAGCCUCAGGUGUUUCUGUUGGUGCUGAUGAGCCUUAGUCUCCUGUGGAUGCUCUGGUACCUCCUCUGGGCCCGCAGACAGCCCGGACUCUCGCCCCACACUGACCAUCAUGCAGGAGGAAUCACAGUCACUGUGGUGUUAAUGGUAUUUGCUGGGUUCAGUCUGCUUCUGCAUGUGUUCAGGAUGGGCUACUUUGUCAUGAUGGUUGAAUGUAACAGUUUUGCCAAAGUCAUCUCUCCCUUUAUUGAGGCUCCAUUUCUAGGUCUCCAGACAUAUUUCCUUUGGGCUCACUCCAAAGACUGCAUUCACAAGCACAAGAUCAUUACCAGGUCUGGUUUGAUGCUAACUCUGAGUGCUGACCUACUGCUGUGGCUGAAUGCAGUGACAGAGGAGACGCUGCAUCUGCAGAUAGAGAUGGAGAGAGAGAACAAAGAAAGUGAAAACAGAACAUCCUGCUCAGACCUGGACAACACAACAGUCUGUCACUGUCGAGCAGAAACACUGUGUCUCGUUUUCAGGAAGGGUUACGAGAUCCUGUAUCCCUUUAACAUUGAGUACUGUCUGAUGGCUGGGUCUAUGCUCUAUGUGAUGUGGAAAAACGUUGGUCGCAGAGUCAAGCCUGGGGCACACUCUCACGAAGCUCAGAAAAUAACCUUUCGCAUCGUCCAUAGUGGAGGAAUCUUACUGGGGCCUGCCUGCGGGAUUCUGGUCCUCCUAGUUGGCGUUGCCAUUUUCAUUCUGUACCAAGUGUGGGUGAGUCAAAAAACUCAUCGGCUGACUGCCUUCCUCCUGUUUUAUGGAUAUCACUUAGGCGUGAUGCCCGUCAUGUCUCUAUGCUCAUUGGCUGGAAUGGUUGUCCAUAAACUGGAGAAGCAUGUGAGUGAAGAUGGCCAUAACCCCACACGUAGCCUGGAUGUGAUCCUGCUGGUGGGGGCAGCAUUGGGGCAGCUUUCUCUCUCGUACUUCUCCCUGGUGGCUGCCUUGUCGGAGGGGCUGGGCAGGACUUUGGGAGACCUGGAUCUCUGUUACUCUGUACUCACUCUGCUAGAGUUGAUCCUGCAGAACAUCUUCAUUAUUGAGGGUCUACACAGACACCCCAGCCUGCACAAGGCCAGGUCCAAAAAAAUGGAACCGAAUUUCAUACUUAAGGAGGUGGAAAGCAAGGUUGAGGCUGAUGGAGCAGGAGCCCUUGGCUUGCUAGAGACAGGUCAAGUCUCACCAGUGCCCCCCAGUGACCAAAAAGAAAACAAUACUCGCUGGAGCAAGCGAGCCAUCCAGGAGAUCUGUUCUUUCCUCAUUCUAACCAACAUCAUGCUCUGGAUAAUCCCUGCCUUUGGCGCUCACCCGCAGUUUGAGAACGGACUGGGGAAACAGUUCUACGGGUUCACCACCUGGUUUGUGCUGGUGAACCUGGGCCAGCCCCUGGCUGUGUUCUACAGGAUGCAUUCUGUAGGAGCGCUGAUGGAGCUGCUGGUGACGGCAUAA